AUGGAGCAGUGCUAUCAGCGGCAGCACGCCGUCAAGGCCGUCGUGACGACAAUCUUUUGCAACAUCCGCGCCCAAGAGGCGCGCGGGUCCAUCGCCGCCGCUGAGGCUCACGCGGCAUCUGUGCGGCAGGCGCGCGACGAUGCGGCCUGCCAGCAGCGGGAGGAGAUCCUGCAGCGCGCGGCUGUCAGGGCUGUGGUGGACAGCGCCAUCAGUCACAUCCUGCAGGCGGAGGCACUGGAGGGUGCGCGCGCCGCCAGGUCGAAGGCGGUGGCGGCGAUGAAGGCGCACGACGAGGCGGCCUGCCAGCAGCGGGAGGAGAUCCUGCAGCGCGCGGCUGUCAGGGCUGUGGUCGACAGUGCCAUCAGUCACAUCCUGCAGGCGGAGGCACUGGAGGGUGCACGCGCCGCCAGGUCGCAGGCGGUGGCGGCGAUGAAGGAGGCCGACGCUGCCCGCUCCAGGGCGGUGUGGAUCGAGGCCUCUUCCAGGCGGCGCAGCGUCAAGCUGGGGGCACGCGACUCUGCGGUGCGGACGCGCGAGGCGCAGACGUGCAGGCGCGAGAAGGCGCUGGAGGAGGCCGAGGAGGCGCAGGAGCGCGCUGCCGCGGAGCUGGCGGUGGAGCGCGCACAGGCGGAGGCGCAGCACGCCGACGCUGAGCAGCGGGAGCGCGAGGCGCUCGUGGCGGCCAUGGUGGCGGGUGCGUUCGCCAAGGCCGAGCAGCAGGCCGCGCAGGGGCGCGCCAUGGAGGAGCUGCAGCGGGCGGUUGCGGCGCAUGAGCUGGAGCUGGCGCAGUGGCGCGCGGAGGUCGCCAAGGAGAAACAGGCGUCUGAGGCGAAGCGCCAGGCGCUGCGGGCAGAGGAGGCCGCCCACAGCAAGCUCCUGCAGGAGCGGGAAGGUGCCAACUCCUACUGCUGCCAGAGGAAGCUGCGGCAGGUGGCGCAGGCUGAGAAAAAGGCUCGCGAGAGGAUUGGCGCGGAGCUGCGCGCCAAGGUGGAGCAGCUGCGCAGGGAGGAGGAGGGCGGCCUCACCAGGCUGGCGGCUGCGACCAUGACCGCCACCGCCUUCUCCAGGGUCAUCAUCUGGGCGGAGGUGGAAGACGCGAAGGCGGUAAUGAAGCAGGCCGGGGCGCGGCGUGUCGACGCCGAGAGGCGGGAGCGUGAGGCCAUCGUGGCGGCAAUGGUGGUGGGCGCGUUUGCUGCCGUCAAGCAGCAGGCCGCGGCUUGCGAGCUGCAGGGGGUUUCUGCCGAGCUGGAGUCUCUGAAAAGGGAGAAGGCCGCCCAUGGCGCCGUCACUGUCGCUGCCGGGGCGGCCGAUGUCAUGGGCUGCUUCAGCAUGGAGCCGUCCAAGACGGCAGCGACGCCGCGCCAGGAGCUGGCGUGCAUGGACGCCACGCGCCCGCAAGAAGAGGAGGGCCAUGCGCUGAGCGGGGAGCGGUCACUGCAGACCCUCACGAUGAGUGCCAAGAUGCAGGCGGAGGAGGCGCCCGAUGGCCCUCCAGGCCAGGAGCCGUAG